UUUGGGCAUGGUCUGGACUAGUACUAAAGGCUGAAACCCCCUUUCCUUUUGCCUUACGCCAAGGGUAAGGGGUGUGUAUAGGAGGAGAAAUUACGUUUGCUUACAGCUUUCUGAUUGAAAGUACAUACUGUCAUCUUAACCUUUCUUUUCCUGAAACUAUAUAUUUAAUCCGCUUGGGUUACUGUCCACUGCAACAACCAACGCUCCUCAUCAUAUCAAAGACAAGAUGCUUCCCACAGUGACUGGACCAGGGGCUCUGCCCUUUGCCGUGCAGUUGAAGGCUCUGACUGACCAGGAGUUCAGGUACCAGCCCAAGCUGAGCGGGCUGAGGAUCAUUGAGACGGCCCAUGACAACGGCCUGAGGAUGACCGCCCGGCUCAGGGAGUACGAGGUGAAGGACCUCCUGUCUCUGACCAGGUUCUUUGGCUUCAGUGCAGAGACCUUCUCCCUGGCCGUCAACCUGCUGGACCGCUUCCUCGCUGUCAUGAAGAUCCAGCCGAAGCAUCUGUCAUGCGUGGGCCUGUCCUGUUUCUACAUCGCUGUGAAGACCUCGGAGGAGGAGAAGAAUGUCCCCAUGGCCAAUGAGCUGAUCCGGAUCAGCCAGAACCGCUUCACCGUGUCCGACAUGAUGAGGAUGGAGAAGAUAAUUCUGGAGAAGCUCUACUGGAAGGUCAAAGCCCCCACGGCCCUCCACUUCCUCAGACUGUUCUACAGUUGCAUACAGGACACGCUUGAAGAUGACUGCAAGGAGAUCCUGAACAUUGAGAGACUAGAAGCCCAGCUGAAGGCCUGCCAUUGCUCUUUCACUUUCUCCAAAGUCAAGCCCUCUCUGCUUGCCCUGUCCUUAUUGGCUCUGGAGCUUCAGGAGCAGCAUGACCAUGAGCACGUAGACAAGCUGCUAAACGCCUUCAAGUCUCUCCAGCAGCAACUCACUGUCCGAGAAGGAGACCUGGUUAUCGUGACAGAGUUGGUUAUGAAGUGUCUGAUUGAGUAUUCAACCACCAGGGUCUCCAGGCCCAACAGCCAGAGGCUUCGUUGGAUCCUCUCUGGCAGAACGCAACGCACGUUAAAACACAGCUAUUACAAGAUCGCCCAUAUGCCCACAAUCCCCGAGUCCGCCUACUGAACUCUGGGGCUGGGUGACCACCGAUACAGAAGUAGGAGUACACCGAUACAAAAGGAGAAGUAGGCUACCACCUCUUCUCCCCUAAAACAUGUUUUGUUUUUCAGUUUCAUGGAAAAAAUAACAAAAAGCCCCCCAAAAAAAACAACUUCCUGUACUCUACUUUUGCUACACGGUCACCCACCUCCACUACUAACCCAUUUCCCUUACAGAACUGCAUUAUGGAUGAUGUAGUUCUUUAAGGGGAAAAACCUGUUACCUUUUCUUUCCCUUUCUCCUGGUUUUUCUGUUCUGUUCUUUUUGAAUAAGCUCCCUAUUUAUUAGCCUACAUCUGCUACAUUGACUAAGUCUGCAUCUGAAAUGGCGCCCUAUUCCCUAUAUAGUGCACCACUUUUGAUAGGGUUGGAUCGCUCUUUACAGGGAAUAGGGUGCCAUUGAAGGCACACUAAGGGAGUAAUGCCCGGUCAAGAGUGGGUUUAUCCGCUGCCAUCUAGCGAAGAUUAAAUCCUUCCUGGUUGAAAUGCUUGCGUGUGUAUACAGUAUGUUCUUAUCUAAAUCAGUACCAACAUGAAUACUCUGCAUAGUAUUCUAUCGUGGUUGCUGGUUUUAAGCAAUGAAGUAUAGAACCACCUAGGUCCUCAGUCCACUAUGUGGAAGAGGAGGGAGAAGGGUUUUGUGAAAAUGCAAAAACAAUGGAACCAAGAAAUCGGACCCAAAACCCUUAACUUCCACCCUAGGUUGACGAACUGGCCUAAAAAUGCACACUCCUCUACCCAAGGUGAUGAAAAAUAUUUUAUUUCGAUUUUUUGUUGUUGUACUUGUGAGGGUGUUGCGGUUUCCUCAGUGAUGUGAUGAAACUAGCAACAAUCCUGCACAUGUAUUGGUUUUAGCUUGCAGGAUAGCAUGCUCUUGGAGCUGAAACUGGCUGUGGAUGACACCCCCCAUUAUCUACUGUGACGUCGAUAUAACUAACAAUGGUUACAGAUGAACACGAUCACUAUUACAAAAUGUGAUGUUGAAUUAUCUUGAUUUGUGGCAAAAACCAUAGCCUUUUAGAAAGCAACCACUCACAAUGAAUUUAUUGUGUUAUGCUAAAAAUGCACUAAGUCACUUAGAUAAGCACAGUAGACAUAGGAAAUGAAGUUACUUUAGUAAAUGCAGAUCAAACUAUUUGAUGUGCAGAGGCCAUAGCCAACCACAAUUUAGCUAAGUAUUUUAAGAAUUUGAAAUAAAGUUGAUGUUCUGGAAUUUGAAAACUUUGCCUCAAAAAAAAAAAAGUUGGAACUAAAUCUGUUUAACCCACGUGUUUGGACCUUUCAAUAAAACCAUAUUGAAAAGCUG